UUUUUUUUUUUUUUUUUUUUUUUAAUGUAGGCAUGGUACUACACCACUGAUAAGCUAGAAAGUUCUUUGUACUAAAUCAAAUCAGUUCAUUAUAGUGAAUUCACAAAUAAAAUCAUUACACAGCAAGACCAAGGUAGCCAUUUAAGUGCUUGUCCAGUCCCUAACUGCGCAUCUCAGUGCCUCUCAGUACAGUAGAGUGGCUCUUCUGAAGCCUGGGAGCUUCAACUAAGUCUUACCUUUAUCCAUUAUUAUUACUCUUUUUACUUUGACUGUGACAUCAUCGUCGGCGGUGUUACUGUUGUUUAUGAGUGUGAGCAGGUGCUCGUGAGUACGUCAUGGAUGAUGCCACAAGCAUGUGUGAGUUCAGAGGACAAGCCUCAGGACUCAGUUCUCCUUCCAUCUUUCCGUGGGUCCUGGGGACUGACCUCAGGCCUUGAGGUUUGUUUGUUGCAGCAGGUGUUUUUACCAGCUGAACUCCAUUAUAUUUAAUGCCCUGAUUAACACAGGAAAAAGAAAAGAAUUAUGACAAUUGAAACUUGGAAAAGGGUAGUUUUGUGUCCUCUGUGCCUCAUGUCCUUUGCCUGCCAUUUGUUUCUGCGGCACCUAGUAUCACCUCUUAGUCCCCUUCCUAAUGCUGCACUUUUCUGACACUCACACCUCCUAAUAGUAAAGAGAUGCAACUGGCCCAGUCUGCUCGUCAGCAGAUGAGGGGAUAAGGAAAACGUGGCACAUGUACAAAGUGGAAUAGUCUAUAAAGAAAAAAUGGAAUUAUGAGAUUUACAAAAAAAGGAGGGCCCAGAAAAUAAUUUGAGGGUAACACAAACUUAGGGGGAAAAUAUACAUUUCCCCCUUGUAUGCAGAUCUAGCCUGUAAUGCAUAUAUGUAUAUAUGAAAAUGUAUAGUUCUGUAUAGUAACUUAGGAAGAUGGACUUAUUUUGGAGAUAGGGUCUCAUGUAGCCUGGGCUGUCCAGGAACUAACUUCACUAUGCAGGCGGGGAUGGCCUUAAACUCCUGAUCUUCUUCUUCUUCUUCUUCUUCUUCUUCUUCUUCUUAUUAUUAUUAUUAUUAUUAUUAUUUUAAAUUAUUGUUUCUUCAACUGAUGGGAUUCUAGGAGUGUACCACUAUUCCAGACUACUUUAGAGACUUUAAAUUUUUUUUUUUUUUGGUUUUUCGAGACAGGGUUUCUCUGUGUAGCUCUGGCUGUCUUGGAACUCACUCUGUAGACCAGGCUGGCCUCGAACUCAGAAAUCCGCCUGCCUCUGCCUCCCGAGUGCUGGGGUUAAAGGCGUGCACCACCACGCCCGGCUGAGACUUUAAAAUUUUAAUGUGUCUGGGUGCGGUGGCACACAGUUUCAAUACUGCGGAGAGAAGAGCAGGUGGGUCUCUGUGAGUUCAAGGCCAGCCUGAUCUACAAAUCGAGUUCUAGGACAGCCAGGAUUACACAGAAAAACUGUCUUGGAAAACAAAACAAAACAAAAUUACUGUGUGUGAGUGUUUGGCUUGCAUAUGUUUCUGUGUAUCGUGCAUUUUUUGCCCAUUAAGGCUCUAAGAAGGUGUUGGAUCUCCCAAAUUUGGAGUUAUAGAUAAUGGUAGCUUUCAUAUGACUGCUGGGAAUCGAACUACCCAUAUUGUCUGCAAGAUAAAAUGUGCCCAGAGAAGCAGAGCACCAGAGGCCUUCCUCUCUAUCCUCUUCCACCACCUACUGUGGAGGAUUGAACCAGGGGUCUCAUGUAUACCAGGGCUGCCACCAAACCUCCUCCCUCUUUUCUUCUGCUUUUAAUGAGAAUAGUCAGUGUCUAGACCCAGUCAGUCCCCAGUGCUUUCUACUCCAUAUUAAAGAAUGGCCUCAGGAUAUUGCACAAGAUAGAGGGUCUUUAUAGACCCAGACAUCUGUUUAAACAGCCUUAAGGACGUGUAUUUCUUUUCCUCUUCAUAUCCUUGGGACUGGUUCCAAGACUCCCCUCCCAUGCCAGAAGAUGCUGAUGCUCAAAAAUUGCAUACUAUUUGAAAUAAUAGAUACCCAGCCUCCUGUGUACUUUCUUAUCUCCAGGUUACUUGUAGGAUCUCAUUCAGUGCCACUGCUCUGUGACGGUUGGCAGACUAUUUCCUAGGCAAUGGUGACAGAAGAGCUGCGUGUUCAGUGUGAACAUGAUUUUUGAUGUGCAGCUGGCGGGAUUGGUGGAUGCAGAACCCCUUGCUGUAGAGUACCAGCUGUACUAUCUUUGCCUCAAGGAAUAGGCUCCCCUAGUGUGUAUCAUGCGGUUAUUGUCAUCUUUUUGGAGUUUUUUGCUUGGGGACUACUGACAGCACCCACAUUGGUGGUAUUGCAUGAAACCUUCCCUAAACAUACAUUUCUGAUGAAUGGCCUAAUUCAAGGAGUAAAGGGUUUGUUGUCAUUCCUCAGUGCCCCACUUAUUGGUGCUCUUUCUGAUGUUUGGGGCCGAAAGUCCUUCCUGCUGCUAACAGUGUUUUUCACGUGUGCCCCUAUUCCUCUGAUGAAGAUCAGCCCGUGGUGGUACUUUGCUGUUAUCUCUGUUUCUGGGGUUUUUGCAGUAACCUUCUCUGUGGUAUUUGCAUAUGUAGCAGAUAUAACUCAAGAGCAUGAAAGGAGUAUGGCUUACGGACUGGUUUCUGCUACGUUCGCUGCCAGCUUAGUUACCAGCCCUGCAAUUGGAGCUUACCUUGGACGAGUGUAUGGGGACAGCUUAGUGGUGGUCCUUGCUACAGCAAUAGCUCUGCUAGACAUCUGUUUUAUCCUUGUUGCUGUGCCAGAGUCAUUGCCUGAGAAGAUGCGGCCAGCAUCGUGGGGAGCUCCCAUUUCAUGGGAACAGGCUGACCCCUUUGCAUCUUUAAAAAAAGUGGGCCAAGACUCCAUAGUGCUGCUGAUCUGUAUCACGGUGUUUCUCUCCUACCUACCUGAAGCCGGCCAGUACUCCAGCUUCUUCUUAUACCUCAGACAGAUAAUGAAAUUUUCCCCAGAAAGUGUGGCAGCCUUCAUAGCAGUCCUUGGCAUUCUGUCCAUUAUUGCACAGACCAUAGUCUUGAGUUUACUCAUGAGGUCAAUUGGAAAUAAGAACACCAUCUUACUGGGUCUGGGAUUUCAAAUAUUGCAGCUGGCAUGGUACGGCUUUGGUUCCGAACCUUGGAUGAUGUGGGCUGCUGGGGCAGUGGCAGCCAUGUCUAGCAUCACCUUUCCAGCUGUUAGCGCCCUUGUUUCACGGACUGCUGACGCGGAUCAACAGGGUGUUGUUCAAGGGAUGAUAACAGGGAUCAGAGGAUUGUGCAAUGGUCUGGGACCAGCCCUUUAUGGGUUCAUUUUCUACAUAUUCCAUGUGGAACUUAAAGAACUGCCAAUCACAGGGACAGACCUGGGGACAAACACAAGCCCUCAGCAUCACUUUGAACAGAAUUCCAUCAUCCCUGGUCCCCCUUUCCUCUUUGGAGCCUGUUCGGUACUGCUGGCUCUGCUCGUUGCCUUGUUUAUUCCGGAACACACUAAUUUAAGUUUAAGGUCCAGCAGUUGGAGGAAGCACUGUGGCAGUCACAGCCAUCCUCACAGUACACAAGCGCCAGGAGAGGCCAAAGAACCUUUACUCCAGGACACGAAUGUGUGACGGAAAUCAGGAAGACUUCUCUCUCUCGCAGCACCCAGGUCUUAGUUUUCACCUGUAGCUCUGGAUGUACAUUCCAUUUCCAUCUGCAGUGUACUUUAAGACUGUCUUAAGAAAUACUUGCAUGAACUCCGUGGGAACUAAAGAAAGAACCGGACAGUUUUCCAAAGAUGUUACACUUUCUUUCAAAAAGAAACCUUUUGUUUAUAUUAGCACCACUCUCUUGCCACUAAACUGUUUUAUUACACAUCUUUAAUUAAAGCUCUAUCUGUAACUCCGUCUCUGCCAUUUCCUUAGGUGUUGAGCCUUUACCUGCUCGUGCUGACUCAGCGACACUAGGCAGGAUGGUUAUGGACCUGUUUGCUUUAACCUUGUAAAACCUGAGUCAUUGUAAAAUCUUGGGUCAAAUAAUUCAAAGCCUUAAUGCAGAUGCACUAGAAAAGAAAUGGUAAAGAAUUGUUUGCAUUUAAAAGAACUUGUGAAAAUUGUAGAAAACCAGAAUCAUGUUUCAAGCUUGUUUGCCAUAAUUUUAUUUAAAGCAUUAUUCACGGCUGUUCUGAAGAAUGAAAAGAUCAGCCACUUAGAAUUCAAAUUGGGGUGGUCAGAGCCUAGCCAUCUGGCUCAAUCUGUUUAAAUCUGUUCUGCUUCUUAUACCACUAUUCUUUUGAUAUUUGCAUAAUCAUAAGGACCUCAACACUUGAAUACAUAAUCUAAAAAUUAUAUAGUAAAGCUGGUAGCCUUGAAAAUGUCAAUGUGAUAUCUAUAUGUAGAUAAAUAUAUAUAGUGGCCUUUCAGGACUGUCACAGUAACACUUUAUUUACAGAGCUAAUGUUUGUCCUAAAUUUUCAGGACCCUAGAAGAGAGCUUUAUACAAUUACUGAUGUGAAUUUCUCUAAAGUGUAUAUUUUUGUGUCCAGUUAUAUUAUUUAAAAAAGUGUUACUUUGUAAAAAUGUACAUAAAGUAUUGUAUAGUUUACACUGUUUUCAUCUUGUGUGUGGUUACUGCCUAAUGCUUUUUAAACUUGGAGCAUUCACUAUGAUUAAAUAAGGUCUCAAAUGUAAAUAUUCUGUUAAUAAAAUUAAAUAUUUUAAUGAUUUUUUUCUUUUUAAAAA